AUGUCAUCUUCGAUCGCUUCUUCUGUUUUGACCAUCCUCUGUCAAAAUCAAGGGGGGUUAAAGUUCAGGCAGCUUAAGCAAAUUCUCCAGCGAAAAACAUCAGUCGCAGAACAUGUCUUGUUAAGGGAACUCUUGGACGAAAGUCAAUUUCUCUUGGUUCAUGGUGAAGAUAACUCUGCUGAUCCCAAUAGGCUGGUAAUCGCUAAAACGGCUAUACGAGUUUGCCAAUCCCAGAAAUGUCUUGACUGUGACAAUUUUCUACAUUUGUGUAGAUAUUUUGUCUGUGGGAAUUGUCGAUUCGGGGACAAAUGCAAAAAUCCCCACAGCCUGGACUCCCAGACUAACAGGUCACUUCUGCGGAAGACAGGUCUGAGUGAUCUCAGUGUUGGGGAGUUGUGUUCCCUACUUCUACAGAACGACCCGUACCUGCUGCCAGAGAUCUGCGGUCAUUACAACAAGGGCAAUGGAGAACAUGGCUCCUGCAGAUUCAAGUCCACCUGCACCAGUCUGCACGUGUGCCAGCACUUCCUCUUGGGAGACUGCAAGUUUGGGGCCGAUUGUAAGAGAGCACACACGUUUGAUGCCAACAGCAUGAAGAUCCUGAGCGGCAGAGGCCUCAGUCCAGAGCACAUCCGCCACAUCCAGCUGAUCUACAAGAACCGGCUGCUCCUCAGUGGACAGAGGCCAGUCUCCAUGAAAACCAGCAUUACUAAACAAGUUACCAAAUCGUCCCCAAGACCAAAGCUCCCAUCUGUGCUACCUGCUGUAAAAGAGCGCUCACAACAUCCUUCAGGCACCUCCAUCAGUGAAGCAGACCACAAUGAAAUCUGCCUAUUCUUCAUCCACAGAGGAUGUAGCUUCAAAGAUAAGUGCAUUCGUGUCCACCACAAUCUUCCGUAUAAAUGGCAACUUUUGGACAGUGAUGGUGUGACAUGGAAAGACCUGCCUGAUCAGGAGGGACUCGAGAAGGCCUACUGCAACCCAGCCAGUGACAGCAGCCCAGGGGUCCGGCCCGUGGACUUCCUCACCAUGACCUGUGCAGGCUCACCUGUCCGGCGCCUGUCCACUGCGUCCUCCGUCACCAAGCCGCCCCACUUCAUCCUGACCACCGAGUGGCGCUGGUACUGGAAGGACGACCAGGGGGGCUGGAAUGAGUACGGAGUCAAGGCCUACGGGCCCGCUGUGUCCUCGGUGACUUCUAAAACACUGGAGAAGGCUUACCUCUGCAGCGGUGACAGUGAGGUGUCGUUUGAUGCAAAAGAACAACAGUACAUAAUCUACUUGAAAGAGAUGUAUCAGCAGAACCAAAAAUACAAAACCAAAAGGGAGGUCCGGAGGCGACCCUGUUCUCAAGAUGUGCAGAGCAAGCUGAAGAGUGAGGCAUCUGAGACGUCCAGCUCCUCCUCAGCAGAUGUGCCAGAUCACUGGGAUAAAACAGCUCAGCCCAACGGCUCCUACAAGCUUGUUCCUCUCUUAGAGUCCUCCGAUGAGUUCCAGAAGGUGGAGAAGUUGUUUAAACACACAAUGCCCAACAGCACUGUUAAGAGUAUCCGAAGGCUACAGAACAGACCACUUUGGAGAGUUUUUCAGUGGCAGAAGGAGACCAUGAUGGAGAGGAGUGGGGGCAAGGCCGUGGAGGAGCGCUUGCUGUUUCACGGCACAGACCCCUCUCUGCUGGAGGCCAUCUGCGACCAGAACUUUGACUGGAGGAUGUGUGGCGUCCACGGCACACUCUACGGCAAGGGAAGCUACUUUGCCAGAGAUGCUGCAUACUCACACAACUACUGUAAACCCACCAGUAGCAUCAAUACCAUGUUUGUGGCUCGGGUGUUGGUGGGAGAAUUCAGCCGAGGCAGCAGCAGUUACGUGCGCCCUCCGGCUAAAGGAACUGGCAAGCACCUCUACGACAGCUGUGUGGACAACAUCAGCAAUCCUGCUAUUUUUGUCAUCUUUGAGAAAUAUCAGAUUUACCCAGAGUUUGUAAUUGAGUACCAGAGCGAGGGGGUGGGUUUGGGGGCUCAACACACAAAUCCUUUUUUAAAAACCACAAAUCUUUUUCGACACUUACAAAUGCCCUCAUCUCGGGUUAAUUUUUUGUGAAGUAGUCUAGUCAUCGCACAGAUAUCAUGUGAGACCGCACAAUUUCAGCUCUCCAAUGAUGCAAGUCCUUAGACGCUGUAAUAAACGGUUUGCAAGGAAAAAAUA